UCAAUGCACCACUCUCAUUAUGUCACACUACACUCCAACACCACUCACUCUUCCACUGUCUCUCAUUUCUCAUCACUCUGUUUCCCUCUUUGUUAGUUUUGGGAGAAAGGGAAAGCUCACCACAGGCCAAUGACCUGAUCCCCUUCCCAAACAAAUUUCAAACUCUUCGUGUUCGCGGGCUUGAUAGCAGUGUUUAAGAGAUUGGUCAGAACUGGUUGUUGAGAGUUGUAAACUUGUUGCGUGCUGAGAAAGAUGACGUUCAUGGUUAGUUGUUAGUAUUGUUUGAAAUUGUUUCAAGUUAUUACAGUCACUCUAUUAUUAUUCUACUUUUCAUAUAUUUUAUAGAGUCUACAAAACUUCACAUUGAAUAAUAUUGUUAUCAUUGAUGCAUGAGUUUCCAAGUGUCGACAGUUCUAUACACUACUCUACGUAGUUACUCUGCUGCACAGUGAAGGUAAUCAGUUAGUGAAUUGCUUGCAAACGUCAAGAAAUGGGAGAUAAGCAGUGUCAUUCUUCAUAGGUAGUGGGCGUUGGUUAACAUUCACAUCUUUUGCACAUUAACAAAACGCAAACACAGUGUGUGGUGGUCAACAUCGUUCACAUUCGAUUUCUAAAACUUUUUUAUUUUGUUUUGGUGUGCUUAUCUGCAGAAUUGGUGCGUAGACGAAAACUACUCAUUGAACCCUGAUAUUUUCGAACAAUAGAAUAUGGCAGCAGUGACUUUAUAUCAUUUCCCAUACAGUGCCCCUUCCAGGGGUGCCCUACUAGCAGCUCGAGCUGUCGGUGUUCCCGUUGAAAUCAAAGAAAUAAACCUUUUUGAAGGAAAACAACUCGAACCAGACUUCAUCAAGAUCAAUCCUCAACACACUAUACCCACCCUGAAAGAUGAUGAUUUUGUUCUUUGGGAUAGUCAUGCCAUCGCAAGUUAUUUAGUAACAGCCUAUGGGAAAGACGAUAAGCUCUAUCCGAGGAACCCACAACAGAAAGCCAUUGUGGACCAAAGACUGUACUUCGAUGUCGGUAUUCUCUACCGAAGAGUGAGAGAAAUAUUUUUCCCAGUUGUGAGGCUUGGAGAGAAGACAGUGGGUGAAGAAAAGAAGAAGAGCAUGGAAGAAGCCCUGGGAUGGAUGGACCAGUUCCUGACAGGCAGACCAUGGCUGGCCGGCACUGAGUUCACCAUCGCUGACUGCUGUUGUGCUGCCUCCAUUUCUACUCUUGUUGAAAUGGGGUAUGACAUAUCUAGUCAUAGGAAAACAUCAGAAUGGUACGAGAAGUGUAAAACCGAGCUGCCUGGUUUCGAUGAGAACCUAGAAGGUGCUAAAAUACUUGGAGAUGCUUUCAAACAAAAGGUUGAUCCGGGGCAGAUAUGAUUUCAACAUAUCGAAUCAAUUUUAUUAUUUUUGAGACCGUACACAUUUUAUCGAAAUACAUUCUAGUUUCUAUCCACA